AUGGCGGAACCACCGUCGUCGCCCCCCAACGAGGCUUCCAGCCCCGAAGAUCAACUGCGCUGGUACAAGUCACAGUACGCAUCACUAGAGGAGGAACUGGCCGAGUUCCGGGAGUCUAGCAAGGAGCUGGAGCAAGAGCUGGAGAAGGACAUCGACCAGGCCGAAAAGAGGGAGCGCAAACUCCAGGAAAAGGCCGAGAGCCUCAAGUUCGAGGCUGAGGAAUGGAAGUCAAAAUACAACCAAGCAAAGAAGGAUGCGAACGCGGCCCAGAAUACCCUCGAGAAGGAGAUCACAACCCUGCGUGACACCAACAGGACUCUCCAGCUAAAGUUGCGCGAUAUCGAGGUCGCCAACGAUGACUUUGAGCGGCAGGCUCGGAACACAAGCUCGUCCCUCGAGGACCUCGAAUCCAAGUACAACAGCUCCAUCGAACGCAACGUCAUGUUGGAGGAAGAAAUCAAGAUCGGCGAGCAGGAGCGUGAGACUUUGCGCAUCGAGGCCCAACGCCUGCGGGAGGAGCUCUCCGACCUCAAGAUCGAAGCCGAGCUGCUCCAGGACAAGAUCAAGAAGCAGGAGGCACGCCAUCUGUCGGCCAUUUCCACCGACCUCUCCAUUCUCUCGUCCCCGACUUUCGAUAAGACCAUGGAAGCUUCUCCAGGCUCGACAGCCAGCUCGCCCAUGGUGUCAACCCCGCCUGAUGGGGAAGCACUCCCCGCCGCCAAAAAGUCACAAAUCAGCGAGCCUCCAUCCCCUCCCAUGUCCGACGUCUCGGCAUCCGUGCCCAAGAGAAUCGUCUCGAGAACACCCCUCAAGACCCCGGCCCGGACGCCGGCAUCGGCGACACGCAAGUCCCGUCUGCCCUCGACCGAGCACAGCAUUACACCAAAGCCUCGGUCGUUCACGACAUCCAUCACCAGCAGCCGGCCGGCAGGAGGUCGUCCCUCGACGGGUCCGCCAACAAGACCGCCUGUCCCUCGCACCACCCCUCGUUCCGUCUCCACCCGCAUGCCCGCCAACAAUUCUCUCAACCACAUCCGGUCCCUCACGGCCCAGAUGCAGCGUUUGGAGGCGCGUGUCCAAAACGUUCGAUCAAAGCUCCCUGCUCCCGUCACGACACCGCCCCGAGCUUCACCCCGUUCCUCGGUCCUUGGAGUCCACAGCGUGCCCUCGACGGUUACUAUCCGUUCUCGCAAACGUCCGACGGGCUCCACCGCAUCGCGCGACGACACGACGCCGUCCAACCCCAACUUCUCUGCCAGCACAAGAUCCAGGCAUGUGUCUCGUCUGAGCACGUCAGGCGUCAGCCGUCUGUCUUUUGGCCCGCUACCCAACCGGAAUCCCGGGGCUAGUGUCGGCCACGAACAGGAGUCUGCAAUCUCUCGGCCGAGCUCGCGGGCUAGUAUCUCGUCGUAUGCCAGGCCUCCGAGUCGCACGGAGAUGGCGCCUCCCCGACCCAUCAGCCGGGCUAGCAUGUCUGGGUCCCGCACACCACUGGGUCGUCCCCGCAGCUCCCUCGGCGGCGCCCUCCACGCGCGCUCUGCUAGCAUCAGCAGCCGCAUCGACAUCGAAGAAGGCGACGAAAGCGGCGAGUACAGAACGCCGAGCAGGAGGGGGACUUUUUCCCGCCUCGAGGCGGAAACCGCCGUAAGCGGUAUCCCUGUGCCGACCAGCAGCAUUCCAAUGCCUAGCUCACGACGUCAGAGCGGAAGUAGUGUUUCCGGGAGGCGAAGUUCAAUGGCCCUGAGGAGUUCCGUCAUGGGCGUUCGGGACCUCGUCGAAGAGGAGACGUACUAA